AUGGUCUCCGGCAGCAGCACCACUGCCGACAGGUUGAAGGCUAUUUCUGAUACUCUGCCGCCAUCCAACGAGACGUACGACGUUAUCAUCAUCGGCUCGGGUCUCUCUGGUCUGUGUUCUCUGCAUCACAUUCGAGAGCGCUUUCCUGCCUGGAAGGUACAGGUGAUUGAUGCGGCUCCCGACGUUGGCGGAACCUGGUACUGGAAUUCGUACCCCGGUUGUCGAUUUGACUCGGAGUCCUUGUCAUACGCCCUAUCUUUCGACAAAGAUCUUCUCAAUGAGUGGCACUGGAAGGAGGCCUAUUCACCGCAGCCUGAGACUCUCAAGUAUUUUCAACGAUUUGCCGAGAAGCAUAAGCUGAAGGAUUUUAUUUUGUCCAACACUUCCAUCCAGGAAGCCCAUUGGAACGAAAGGAAAAAGACAUGGACCUUGAUCGACAACAAAGGUGGCCAGCAUGUCUCGACAUUUGUCAUUAGCGCCAUGGGUUUUCUUUCCUCUUCCACGCUACCGGCAAUCCGUGGAAUUGAGACUUUCCAGGGUGAACUUUUCCACACUUCUCGCUGGCCAAAGUAUCUCGACAUCAAGAGAGACUUUGCCGGUAAGAGGAUCGGUGUUAUUGGCACGGGCGCCACCGGCAUUCAGAUCAUCACAGCCCUGUCAAAGGAGCCGGGAAUCAAAUCAUUGGAGGUGUUUCAGCGCACGGCAAAUUGGGCUGCGCCAUUACGAAACAAAGAAAUCUCGGCCGACGAGAUGGAAGAACUGAAGAAAACCUAUCCCGACAUCUUCGACAAGUGUUUCAGAUCGGCUUCCGGCUUCAUGCAUCUCCCCGACUCUCGCAAAUGGGCCGACGUGAGCGAAGAAGAACGUUUUGCUCAUUGGGAGAAGCUGUACAACACGCCCGGGUUCGGAAAGUGGUUGAGUGUUUUCGCGGAUACGUAUACCGACCGCGCCGCAAAUGCAGCGUACUCGGAGUUCAUGGCCAACAAGAUCAGACAACGGGUAAAGGAUCCAGAAACGGCAGAAAGUCUCAUCCCCAAGACGCACGGGUUCGGUACACGACGCGUACCGCUCGAGAGCGGGUAUUUCGAGGCUUACAACCAGGAGCAUGUCCAUCUGGUAGAUCUCAGGAAGACACCCAUCGAAUGCAUCACGCCGGGCGGAAUUCAAACCUCCGACGGUCAAGAGCACCCCUUGGAUAUCCUGAUCUGCGCCACUGGCUUUGACGCAAUCACGGGCGCUUUCAGCGCGAUUGAUUUCCACGGCAAGGACGGUCGUCCAAUGAUUGCUUCGGGCGAUACGCCAGGAGGUGAACAUGCAGUGUGGACCGAUCACCGGCCGCAGACAUACCUGGGAUUCACUGUGCCGAACAUGCCCAACCUUUUCAUGGUUUUGGGUCCCCAUCAGCCAUUUGGAAAUGCGACACGCAACGUCGAGUACAUUGUGGACGCCAUCUGUGAUCUGCUGCAAUACAUCCGCGAGCACGACUACCACUACGUCGAAGCAACACAACAGGCGGCGGACAGCUGGUACCAGCAUGUCGAAGAGUGCGCAAGGGGCCAGAUCUUGAUGAACGAGGUUGACAGCUGGAUGACGGGCGUCAACACCAACGUCAAGGGCAAGACGACGAGGACUAUCUCGAGAUACUGCGGAGAGUCCAAAGAGUUCCGCCGACGUGUAGAGCGCGUUGCCGCAGCCGACUACGACGGUUUCCGUUUCGCUUAG